AUGGAAUCCAAAUCUAUAAGAAUGGUUAAAGUAAUCCCAGUUUCAAAAAUAAAGAGAGAAUUACCAUCGUCUGAUGAGGAUGAUGACUCGGUGGCAUGCAAUAUUUGUACUAAGAUAUUUAGCAGCGAGAAAGCAUUGUCUAUCCAUAGUAGAUUUGAUCACCCAGAUGCUGUACUCAGGGGUGAAGUUAUUGGUAUAAAAGCAAAGAAGAAAAGUUCAGUUAAUUUGGAGAACAAAAAGAAAGCUAUAAAAAAGGCAGAAUUGAAAGAGCAAAUUAGAUUGAAAACUGAAAAGUUGGUUUCGUCUAUGGAACCUACAGAUAUAAUGACGAUGGCAUCUGCUGAUGUUAGUUAUAUAAUUAUUAAGGACGGUCAAGACAGCAUUGUUAAGGAGGUGGGCUCCGCUGAACCGAAAGCAAAGAGGCAGAAGAUCGUGAAAAUUAAAAGCACGCCCAAGAAGGAGAAGGAAGUUAAACCUAUAACUGGUCCGUUUGAAUGCCUUCAACCUUCAACACUCGUCUCGAACGCGACGUGUCAUCAAAUGUUCUUCUCCUGUUGCGAGUAUUCUAUACAUUACAGAGACGAACAUACACGACGAAGAAAGGGGAUAAAAUGUCAGGUGUGUGAGAAACCUCUGGAAGGAUCUGGCGAAAAGGACCUCCCUUAUAGUUGUCCGUAUUGCGGAGUUGAGUUCCAGUUCAGCCACGCACUAUCCGAGCACACAAGCACCGCCCACAAGAAGAUCAAACCCUACCAGUGCAGCAAAUGCAGUAAGCGCUUCACGCAGCAGGGCGGGCUGCAGCAGCAUAUGCGUUCACACACCGGCGACAGGCCGUUUUCAUGCACGUACUGUCCGAAAGCGUUUACCCAGAAAUCUGGGCUUGACCAGCACCUCCGCAUUCACACGAAGACCAAGCCGUACAAGUGCGUCAUAUGCAGCAAAGCGUUCUGUCAAUCGGUGCACUUGCAGCAGCAUAUGCGCACGCACACGAACGUAGCGCCGUUCCAAUGCAUCGUGUGCGAGAAACGGUUCAAGCAGAGCAGUCACCUAAACUACCAUUUGAAGUACCAUAAUCCGUUGAAUAUGAGCGGGGAGCAGAAGGAGAAAUAUAAGGAAUUGAUGAAGAAAAUGGGGAAGGAGGGGGUGUUUGAUCUGAUCGGGGAGAAAGACGAGGUGGUAGGGGACAACGAUGAGGUAGUGGAAGAGAACGCAGGAGUAACGGAAAAUGACAACAUUUCGGAAGAUCAGGAAAUAGAGUACGUAUCUGGGUUCGUCGAGUGCCAGGUAGAUGAUGACCAGAACGAUGGUCAGGUGAUAGAUAGUGUUGGGUUGUUGGGUGAAGUUGAGGCCCUAGAAGAAACGGAUAAGGACAAUAUUUAUAUAGUGUCUGACGGUUAG